GCUAGUCGAAAUUUCAGUUAUUGCCGCAACUUGGAGCUGUUAAGACGUAUUCGAAUUCAAAAAAUAGCAACUAAAGUGCAUACUUUUCACAGCAACUGUAAGCAAAGUAGACGACGACGAGAAGAAGCAACACUCGAAUCGUGUGUGUCGGAUUUGAAAGAAGAAUCUAUAAGGAAAUACCAGUGGAAAGAAGUAGAAGAAAAAAAAGAGCAAUUUUAAAGCAGCUUUAAACGAAAAAAUAUAUUGAAAAGAAUUUAAAGCUUCAAGAGGCAAUUAAAAAAAGAAAAAUAAUUAUUUUUCUUUUUUAACAAAUUAUAAAGAACUGUGCAAAAAUUGGGCAGUUUUUUCACAAAAAAUAGACUUUUACGAAAGCCAAAAAAAAAAAGUAAAAUAGAUCCAAGUGCCAAUUAAGUGGUGAAGAAAAUUCUGGAAACUAAAUCCAUUUAAAUCGAUUUUAUUCCAUUGUUAAAGUUUGAAUUAUUUUAAAAAUACCUACCAUCAAGAUGACAACCAAAAUGGCCAUUAAUGCUAAGGAACUUUUCCGCAACCAACACCGAUUGAUUCGAAUUAUUGAACAAUCAAUUCGUAUGUGCAGCAAUCAAUCCUUGAACGCAGCCCAACAACAAAAAUUGCAACAACAGAAACCUCAAUUGGAUACCGAUUUCAAAAUUACCAAAUCGAUAGCAUCAAAAUUGAUCACAGCCGCACCCGAACCCAUUGUACACGAUGAAGAAGUGGGCCAACAAUUUUCCGCCUCUUCCCUGUCCGUACGAUUGGCCAUGCCACAGCAAUUGCAGCCCAAACCCGAUAUCGAUGACGAAUUGGGCUUUGGCAAACUCUUCACAGAUCAUAUGUUGAAGAUAUACUAUCACAAAAGUUUGGGCGGUUGGCAAAAGCCCGAAAUUACACCAUUGGAAAAUCUAGUUAUGCAUCCCGCUGCCAAAGUAUUACAUUAUGCUGUUGAGCUUUUCGAAGGCAUGAAGGCCUAUCGUGGUGUCGAUGGCAAAAUCCGUAUUUUCCGCCCUGACAUGAAUAUGCAUCGCAUGAAUUUAGCUGCCAAACGCUCCGGUCUGCCCACAUUUGAAGGCGAAGAGUUCAUCAAGUGCCUGUGCCGAUUGUUGUCAAUUGAUUCCGAAUGGGUACCCCAUACCGAAGCUGCCAGUUUAUAUAUUCGCCCCACAUUGAUUGGUAUUGAUCCUACCUUGGGUGUUGCCGCCUCCGAUUCCGCCUUAUUGUACACAAUUCUCAGUCCAGUUGGUAGCUAUUUCAAGAGCGAUAGCACCGGCGCUGUUUCCCUCUUAGCUGAUCCCUCCUACACAAGAGCCUGGCCAGGCGGUGCUGGUAAUCGUAAAAUGGGCUCAAAUUAUGCACCCACCAUCAAUGUCCAAAAAGAGGCUUCCCGCAAAGGUUUGCAACAGGUGUUGUGGUUGUAUGGUGAUGAUCACCAAUUGACCGAAGUUGGUACCAUGAAUAUUUUCAUGUUGUUCGUCAACGAGAAAGGAGAAAAAGAACUGAGAACCCCACCCCUGAAUGGCCUCAUCUUACCCGGCAUUACCAGAGAUUCAAUUCUUGCCUUGGCUCGUCAAUGGGGCCAAUUCAAGGUAACCGAAGAUAUUUUCACCAUGCCCGACAUUAAACAUUUGCUGAAUGAAGGCAGAUUAUUGGAAUUGUUCGGCACCGGUACCGCCUGUGUGGUUAGUCCGAUUAAUCGCAUUAGCUAUUUGGGCGAAGAUUUGUACAUCCCCACCAUGGAACAAGAGAAACCCAUUCACGAAACGAUUCGUGAAACUUUAAUGGACAUUCAAUACGGCAAAGUGGAACAUCCCUGGGCAGUAACAAUUGAUUAAGGCGGUCACACCCAUAAAACAACAAAAUCAAAGGAGAGAAAAGAUUUUUUGACAACAAGAGAUCAUUUUUCAUCACAGCACCCACAUUUGUGUAUUAAUAGCUUUUAAUUAGCUCAACAUUAGUUCAUAGCAUUUAGGCCAGUAGCGAAUAGUUGUCUUUUUUAGAAAGGCUAUACGGGAAUAACAGUUGUGGUCGCCCAGACAUUAAGUUAGGUUAGUUAUUGGGAGUAAAGAAAGUAACAAGCGAUAAAAUGCUCGAAUUUUUUUAAAAUGCAUUUAAAAAGCAAUAUAUUUUUAAUAGUUAGUUGUAUAUGUAUAUAAGUUAGUUGUACUAUAUGUAACGACAAUGGGACAACUGUUCUUCCCAACAACGAGUUGGCUUUUCUAAAACAAAGGACCCUACCUAUUUAUUUAUUUUAUCAACGAAAAUCUGUACAUAUUAGUUAUCUAUGUAUGUGACGUACUGUUAAUUGUCCUUUCUUGACACUUCCUCGCCUUUGGAGUCGAAAAGUCAAAUUUUGUCUCGAAAUUCCGAAAUUCAAACUCGACUUCACAGGCCAGCAGGAUUUGUAUUUGUUUUGUUAUACAAGCCUCUAUCUCUUGGUAAACAUCACAUCACUUUUUUUGUACAUAUUCGUACAUAUAUCACAAUACAUUUAUAUAUUUAUAAUAAUUUAGUUUUAUAUACUCAGGGGCUAUAAUUUGUAUGUGUAAAAAGCAUAUUAUAGGGUAAUUAUUUUCUUUUCCUUAAUUAGCCAUUGGUCUUGAGAAACAUUUUCAAAAGACUUUACGUUUAGUAGACAAAAAAAAAAAAAAAAAAAAAAACGAAAAAAAGAAUCCCUUUUGAAAUUUUCCUAACGUACCGGAAAAAGUGCAUUUAUUAACAUUUAAGUUCAAAAUUCUUUUUGUAGUCUUGGUUAUCUCUGAAUCCACUACCUACCCUAUUUUUUAAAUACAAAAGAAAAUAUAUCAAAACAUUGUUCAUUUUUUCCCAAUUUCGCAAAAUAUUAAGCGUAUUUACACAUAUUUAUUGCCAAACUAAAUGAAAUGAAGUAUAUAUAUAUAAAUAAUUGUAAAACAAUUGAUAAUCGUCUAUUUUGAUAAAUUGUAAGAUACAAAAAUAUAUAAAAUGAAGAAAAUAUACAUAUAAAUAAAUUUUUGUUCGAAAAUUGAGUUUUCAACAACAGUAAAAUCAA